CCUAUACUCCUAUAGUGUUAGAGAACACAAAUCUAACACUAAAAACACAAGAAAAACGCAAUAUCAAAAACUCAAAAUUUGACCUAGGGUCAAAAACGGGUUUAGUAUAUUUUUUGGGGGAUUUUCGAUUUUGACACUUUAUUUUUGUUGGAAUUUUCAGUUUCUAUACUCUAAUAGUGUUAGGGAAUAAGAUCUAACACUAGAAACACACAAAAAUCAAGUUUUUUGAAAAACCCUAAAAACGUGAACAUUAACCUUUUUUUUUUCAAGAUAACAAUCCCAAGAUUGAUUUUGUUGGAACAAAAUCAAACCUUGCUUUGCUACCAAAUGAUUCAGAACAAACAAGGGAACAUGAAAUCACACCCCAAAAUAGUCCACAAAUCACAAAAAAUCGUGGACCAAAUGGGACCUCUCUCGGAUUCACUAUCUAGAACAAGAAAGAAGAGGAUACAAGGUGUUAAUACACCAAAAUAGCAAGCCAACAACAAAUUUAGCAACACAAGAUGAAGCUCCACAAUAUUACAAUAGCAACAAGAACAAACGGGUUACAUUAACAACACAAGAAGCCGAAACUAAAACAAGAUACAAGAUAGGUAGUUAGACAAGUGUUGAUGUAGUCUUAACAACCCAAGAGCAUAUUUCAUUCUUGGACCUUUAAAACUUUACACAACAACACCUAACUCUUACAAUUGACACAAGAGAGGCGUCCACCACCCAAGAACCAAUGUAUCAAGCAAAAUGCAACACAUAAGAGAAUCCACCCUUAUGUUAUGCCCUAGUUUCAAUUGGAUUCUCUCUCACUCUAAGAGAAGUAUUCUUCAAUAAUAAUGAUCAACUAAAGAAAUAAACCCUACAAUGUUCUAUUUUUACUACAUUACAAUAAUAGACAAAAUGACAACAGGGCCCUUUAGUGACUAGUCUUCAAAAAUACUCAAAAGUGUCAUGAUCAUGAUCAUACUUGUAUCACCUAAGAGACUUGAGGCUUCUUAGAGCGUUGGACCUGUACCCCUCUUUUAUGAUGGUGAAAGAUUCUUUGCUGAAUGAAAUAGUCAUGUUGAAUCAUUUGAGGUUCUUAAGAAUUGGGACAGAAGUUAAAUCUAUACCUUCAUCUUUCUCAAACCUCUAGAAUCUAGAAACUCUAUGGGUUGAAAACAAUGGAUCAACCUGGGUACUGUUACCGGGUAUUUGGGAUCUUGUAAAGUUGCGAGUGUUGUGCAUUGAUGCUUGUUCUUUCCUUGAUAUGGAUACAGAUGAACCAAUACUAAUAGCAGAGCACUCAAAGUUAGAGAACUUGAGAGAUUUAAGGAUACUCGUGCUUUCUUAUUUGAAAGAAACAGAGGAUAUUUUCAUAAGGUUCCCCAAUCUUCAAAGUCUUGUAUUUGAUCUCAAGGAAUCAUGGGAUUACUCAAAAGAGCGAUAUUGGUUCCCGAAAUUGGAUCACUUAACUGAACUAGAUUACCUUAGAGCAGAUUUUGAAAGUUCAAACACAAAUGACAGUGGGCCCUCUUUAGCGACAAAUUGGUCGUGGGAUUUUCAUUUUCCUUCCAAUUUGAAAAUGUUGUCGUUGUGGGACUUUCCUCUGACAUCUGAUUCACUAUCAAGAAUAGCGAGACUAUCCAACCUUGAAGAGCGUUUCCUUGUUAGAAUAAUCACCCAGGAGGAAGAAUGGAACAUGGGGGAGGAAGACACCUUUGUGAAUCUCAAAUAUUUGGAGUUGUAUGAAGUGACUCUUGCUAAGUGGGAGACUGGAGAGAAAUCGUUUCCUGUGCUUGAGAAAUUAAAAAUGUGGGAAUGUCGUAAGCUUGAGGAGAUUCCGCCUAAUUUUUGCGAUAUUUGUUCGUUGAAAAUCAUCAUACUUGUAGAGAGCCCUCAACUUGAAGAUUCUGCUAAGAAGAUUAAUCAAUACGUUGAAGGUAUGGGAGGGGACGAGCUUCAGGUCCUGGGCCGGAGUAAUAUCCCAUUUUUUAUGUAGCUCUUCAGCACCACAAGAACAGUUUGUUGUAUUCCUACUUCUUCCACCUGAUAAAGUUUCAUUAGAUCCUGAAAACAAUGAAAGGAAGGGAAUGAUAAGAUACUUUGGAACAAUCAUGGAAAGAGGAAAAGAAAAUGAAGGAGACCGAGAGGAGGAAACAAACAACUCAUCGGUCAUUUCCAAAUCCGACAGAUAUCUGAAUCGAAAAUGCCAGCAAACACAGAAAGAGCAAAUCCAGUAGUAAUCAUGAAAAUGGAGGCGGAACCGAUCAUGAUACAGGAAACCAAUCAACUAGAGGAAAACGGAAGUGCGACGAAUAGAGUAAAAAUGGAGAUAUCACAUACUAUGCUAUUGCUUAGUAACUUUCAUCAAUAAAUUAUCAUCUUAAUCUUUUGUUUCGAUCUCCUAUUUCCUUUGCUAAAUUUAUCUUCAGUAUCAUAAUGUGGACGAGUCUUGAUGUUGAAUAUAUGUAUGUAGUGAGAGAAAUGUUAUAUA